AUGGCGCUGGCUUGUGUCGCAUCAGCUGCCACAAAUGUGGACUUCCUCCGUCGUGGUAGGCUCGUCCCUCCUCUGGAACCAGAAGACCCGGGUAUGGUGACGGUUAUCGCACAAUCCGACUCUGUGGGCACAGGCUUUUUCCAGCAACAGCUUGACCACAAGGACCCCAGCAAGGGGACCUUUCGUCAGAAGUUCUGGUGGAAUAUGGAGUACUGGGCGGGCCCCGGCUCACCUGUAGUACUAUUUACUCCAGGUGAAAUAGCUGCGGCGGGCUACGGGGCGUAUCUUACCAAUGCGACACUCACUGGCCUUUUUGCCCAAGAGAUCAAGGGCGCCGUUGUUAUGGUGGAGCAUCGAUUUUGGGGAGAUUCUUCGCCAUAUGAUGUGCUCACUGCGGAAACCCUCCAAUUGUUGACACUAGAACAAUCAAUUGCUGACUUCGUAUACUUCGCGAAAAACGCCCCCCUUCCGUUCGAUAAAAAUAACACAAGUAAUGCAGGCAACGCACCUUGGGUAUUUGCUGGAGGGAGUUAUUCUGGCGCGCUGUCUGCUUGGACUCAGUCAAUGUCACCGGGUACAUUUUGGGCGUACCAUGCGUCCAGUGCACCGGUUGAAGCUAUUUACGAUUAUUGGCAAUAUUUUGUUCCGGUCCAACAAGGCAUGCCCAAAAACUGCAGCAAGGAUAUCAGCCUCGUGAUUGACUAUAUGGACAACGUAUGGAAGAAAGGGAGCCCUGCCGAAAAAUUGGCCCUGAAAACUAAGUUUGGGCUUGAAUCAUUGGAACAUGAAGAAGAUGUCAUGGCUGUUCUUGAAAAUGGCCCAUGGCUGUGGCAGUCUAACAGCUUCUAUUCCAACUAUUCCGGUUUCUACCAAUUCUGCGAUGCAAUUGAGAACGUCACAGCUGGUGCUGCUGUAACUCCUGAUGCCAACGGUGUUGGCCUCGAGACCGCUCUCGCAGGUUACGCGAACUGGACGAAAUCGGAAUUGAUUCCAGGAUACUGCCGAAACUUUGGCUACCAAAACCUGUUGGAUACUGGGUGCAUGGACACAUACAACCCUAAGAACUUGAUAUUUACCGAUAGAAGCGUUGACAACAAAGCUGACCUGCAGUGGCAAUGGAUGCUCUGCAACGAGCCGUUUGGUUACUGGCAAGAUGGUGCCCCUAGGAGCCGACCGUCUCUAGUGUCUCGUUUGGUCACUGGUGAUUAUUGGCAACGACAAUGCGAAUUGUUCUUCCCGACAACAAAUGGAUUUACAUACGGUAGUGCACUCUCGCCAGAUAAUAAUGUGCACCAAGUCAACAAGCAUACACAAGGAUGGAGACUAGAAGAUACUACCCGAUUACUCUGGGUCAACGGGGAAUUCGACCCGUGGAAAACUUCUGGCAUGUCGUCAGAAUUUCGUCCGGGUGGGCCGCUAGAAUCUACAGAGAAACACCCGGUCCAAGUGAUCCCCGGUGGAUUCCAUUGCUCGGACUUGAGGUUGAAGAAUGCUGAAUUUAAUGCUGGAGUGCAGAAGGUGGUUGAUAUUGAGGUCGCUCAGAUCGUAAAGUGGGUCUCUGAAUUUUUAAAGAAAUAA